UCCGAAUGAAACUUGUUCCCCAUGCAAAGCCCCUACUCACCAUCUCACAUGUACGUGUCACCAUUUUGCAAAUCCCACCACCAUUUAUAAACACCUUCCAAUGUCUUUCUUCCUUCCAACUUAUCUUUGCCUUAACCAAAAUGGCUGAUCGUCCACAACCACACCAAAUACAAGUCCACCCCCAACGUCGCUACGACGACGUCGGUGCCAAGGGACGAGCAGGCCCUUCAGCCUCCACAAUCCUUGCCGUUGUGACCCUCGUCCCUCUUGGUGGCUCACUACUUGGACUCGCGGGUUUGACGCUGGCAGUCACGCUAGUUGGCCUGGCUGUGUUCAUCCCGGUUUUCAUCAUCUUCAGCCCCAUUCUGGUGCCAGCAAUCUUAACCAUUGGUCUGGCUGUCCUCGCCUUCUUGACCUCUGGGGCAUUUGGACUCACGGCUCUCUCUUCACUCACAUGGGCUUUCAACUACAUACGCCGGGCAGCCGGGUUCAUGCCUGAUCAGAUCGACCAAGCAAAGAGACGCAUGCAGGAUAUGGCUGGUUAUGUGGGGCAGAAGACGAAGGACCUAGGGCAGGAGAUUCAAAGCAGGACCCAAGAACAAGGGAGGAAGACGUAA